UUGUCCUUCAUAAGUGUUUCGUAUCAUGUGCCUAUGUUAUCAUUAAGCGAAACUUUUUUGCAUUGUUUUCUUCCGCGUGUACACACUCAAACGGUUAAUAUUAAUGUUGAAAUCACUUGGACACUGUAUUUCAAAAGUUAUAGACAUUGUACUUAUAUAGACUGUUUGGAAAUGAACAAGUUUUUAGUUGCUGGUUUAGUGGUAUGUGUACUUGCUACUAUUGUAUGUAUACUCAGUACUUCCAUACCAUACUGGCUAUAUGGACAUUCCAAAUCAUAUGGGAUAGAAACGUCGGUAGCGUCUGGCCUCUGGCAGGUUUGUGUUAGAAGUAAAAUCCAGAGUUCAACAGAAACAUCGUGUUUCAAAAACAGUGAUUUGGCAUCAUGGAUGAAAGCGGUGCGAGCUAUGAUGAUUCUUGGUAUACUUUUUAUGGCAAUGAGCGCUGCUAUUGCGUGCUUAUAUCUUGUGAAAUUCUACACGAAUAAUCAUGUCUAUAUCUGCACGGUUUUCACGGCAGCUCUAGGAGGUGUGUUCGUGAUUGUCGGGUUCGUUGUUUAUGCCAGUGAAUUUAACAAGGAAAAUCAAACUGCAGUCCAUUUAAGUGGCGCAUUUUAUUUGGCUGUCUUAUCAGCUGUCCUGGCGUUCGUUGCGGCAAGCCUGUUUGUCAUUUCGAGAAGGUCCGCUGGAGGGUAUAACACAAUUUAGAGUCCGCAUACCGUAAAAUUUCAGUUGAAAUACUUGUAGAGAUGACGUCAUUUCAUUUUUGGUUUUAUUAAUGGUGACAACAUAUUACUUUCUAAUAUUUGCAUUUUAUUGGAUCUUUCACGAAAACAAAAUAAAUACCUAGUGUUUUAUGUGGCCCCUUAACCUUAUAUAAACUUUGAAGCUACUUUCCCACUCACAACAAGCCUAAAAACAUCAAACAGUUUCCAGUUUCACUUGACACAGAAAUAAACACCCAUAUUUAUCACACCCACUAUUUUAACAUGUAGCGAGGACAGCUUGAUGCAGGUAAAACUUCAAUAUAAAUGAGCCGCGUCACGACAAAACCAACAUAAUGCGUUUGCUUCCAGCAUGGAUCCAGACCAGCCUGCGCAUCCGCGCAGUCUGAUCAGGAUUCAUGCUGUUCGCUGUCAGUUUCUCUACUUGUUAUAGGGUUUGUAAGCGAACAGCAUGGAUCCUGAUCAGAUGGCUGGUCUGGACCCAUGCUGGUCGCAAACCCAUUAUGUUGAUUUUGUCGUGACGCAGCUCAAAUGUCAGUUUUAAACCGAAUUUCUAAGAUAUGUUCUUUUUUUGUCUGUUUUUAUAGACAUAAUUUUCUAUCAUAUAUUCUGCAGCAAUCGAUUGCUGAAUAAAAAACUUACCCAGCGCCAAAUUGUUCUACCCGUAACCAAACUUAUUUACUUGCAACAAGUUAACGGGUGUGAUUACAACUUUAGUCGUUGCAACGGUUUAAAAAUACAGCAGAAAUAUUUUACUUUGAUGUUUUUUUUCGUCGGACAAGAUCAUGUAUUUUUUCGUCGGACAAGAUCAUGUAUUAAUCCCCAAGCUACAUGUAAAUGUAAGAGCCUGUGGUGCAAUUUUACUAGUAUCUUUUGAUGUCAUUUUACAUGUAUUUCAAAAAUGCCCAAACUACAUUGUGUGGGAUAGUAGCUUCAAUCAUCAAUGUUGCGUUUGUAACGAUAAAACUAUUUUGUAAUUAUAUAUAUUAUGAUGAAUAAAGUUUUGAGAGGAAA